CUGUGUUGCUUAGAAGCUGGGACCCACACUUCAUUUGAAUCAACAACUUGGGGAUAAAGGUGUAAUCAUGAAGUGCCUCUUACUUCUGAGCCUGGUGGCACUUUCCCAGUGUCUGACAACAAAGGUUUACCUAAAGAAAACAAAAUCUGUGAGGCAAACCCUUACAGAACUUGGGCUGCUAGAUGAAUUUCUGAAGAAGCAUCCUUACAACCUUGGCUCAAAAUAUUUCCCCAAGCUGCAAGAUACAUUUGCCUCUGAACCCAUGCAAAAUUAUAUGGAUCUGGAGUACGUUGGCUCUAUCUUCAUUGGCACUCCACCACAAGAGUUCGCAGUCAUCUUUGACACUGGUUCUUCCAACUUGUGGGUCCCUUCUGUGUAUUGCUCCAGUGCUGCUUGUUCUGACCAUCAUAGAUUCAAUCCACAACAGUCAUCCACUUUCCAGGCCACCAGCCAGAGCUUAGCCAUCGCCUAUGGCACCGGAAGCAUGACUGGAUUCCUAGGCUAUGAUACUGUCCAGGUGGCAAGUAUUCAAGUCAGCAAACAAAUCUUUGGUCUGAGUGAGACCGAGCCGGGCAGCUUCCUUUAUUAUGCCCCCUUUGAUGGCAUCCUGGGUCUGGCUUUCCCUAGGCUGGCUGCCUCUGGCGCCACUCCUGUUUUUGACAACAUGAUGAGUGAAGGUUUGGUAUCCCAGGAUCUCUUUUCCGUCUUCCUGAGUUCCGAUGAGCAAGGUGGGAGUUUUGUAAUGUUUGGUGGCAUUGAUGACUCCUACUAUACUGGAAGUCUCAACUGGGUGCCCCUUUCCGCUGAACUCUACUGGGAGAUCACUCUGGACAGUAUCACCGUUAAUGGUCAAUCCAUUGCUUGUUCCGGUGGCUGCCAAGCUAUUGUUGACACUGGUACCGCCCUCCUGGCAGGUCCCACCAAUGGCAUUGCUAGCAUUCAGAACUUCAUUGGUGGUAGCCAAGAUUCCAAUGGUCAGUACAUAGUCAACUGCAAUGCUAUCAACCAACUGCCUGACAUUGUCUUCACCAUCAAUGGCAUUGAAUACCCUGUGCCUGCCAGUGCCUAUAUUCGCCAGUUCCAAAGUUAUUGCCAGAGUGGCUUCCAGGAUAUACCCUUCCAAGCUGAUUUUUGGAUCCUUGGUGAUAUCUUCAUUCGUCAGUACUAUUGUGUCUUUGACCGAGCAAACAACCAGGUUGGCCUGGCUCCUAUAGCACAGAAAUAGCAACAGCUUAUCGGUCAUAUUUUAGCCUAAGGAUAAUCUUGACUGUUUGGAAUUAAAUUUGGCAAUUAUGCUCCUGAUCCCCAUGCUUUAAUGUCAGCAACAAUAAAUAAAUAUAAAAAUAAA